AGUCGAUUUAUAUUGUUGCAUCCCUAUUCACACGUGCAAAAUAGUAUAGUUUUUUAGAAAUAUUAUUUUUGUGUAAGUGAAUUCAAAUCAAAUAGGUAUUUUACCUAAAAGCACAAGAAUGGAAUAUAUCUCACAUGAAGACAUUCUUUCCCCUUCAAAUAGCACAAGGGUCUUAUGUUGUCAAUGUGCUGUUCCUAUUGAAGCUAAUCCAUCCAACAUGUGUGUUGCAUGCUUACGGGCUCAUGUGGAUAUCACUGAUGGUAUACCUAAGCAAGCAACUUUAUUCUUCUGUAGAGGAUGUGAAAGAUACUUACAACCUCCUGCAGAAUGGCUGGUGUGUGCUCUCGAAUCCAGAGAGCUGCUUGCCUUGUGUCUGAAGAGGUUGAAGGGUUUGAAUAGAGUGAAACUAAUAGAUGCGGGCUUCGCUUGGACUGAACCACAUUCAAAGCGAAUAAAGGUAAAAUUAACAGUGCAAGGAGAGGUAAUAGGCGGGGCUGUGCUGCAGCAGACAUUUAUUGUCGAGUACACAGUACAACAUCAAAUGUGCGAUGCUUGCCAUCGCUCAGAAGCUCAAGAUUAUUGGAGAGCUUUGGUUCAAGUACGACAGAGAGCAAACAAUAGAAAGACCUUUUAUUACUUGGAGCAAUUAAUUUUGAAGCACAAAGCUCAUGAAAAUACCCUGGGUAUUAAACCAAAGCAUGAUGGACUAGAUUUCUUUUAUGCAACUGAAAGUCAUGCCCGUAAAAUGGUGGAUUUUGUACAGUCGGUACUUCCUAUUAAAUGCCAGCAUUCCAAGAAACUUAUUUCUCAUGAUAUCCACAGCAAUGUGUACAAUUACAAAUUUACAUUCAGCAUAGAAAUUGUACCAUUAUCAAAGGAUAGUUUGGUGUGCCUGCCUAAAAAGUUAACACAUCAGCUUGGUUCGAUAUUUCCAAUUUGCCUAGUUAACAGAGUGACUAGCACAAUUCAUUUAAUUGAUGCCAGUACUGGUCAAGUUUGCGAUCUUUCCUCUACUCUUUAUUGGCGAUAUCCAUUCACACCAAUUUGUAAUCCGAAACAGUUAGUGGAGUAUAUUGUGAUGGAUAUAGACAUAUUGAAAGAACAUGAGAAAAAAUCAUUUCCUGGUCAAGGCAUGGUCUCUAAUAAGCAUGUGGUGGCUGAUAUUUGGGUGGUUAAAGCCAGUGAGCUGGGUCUAGAUGUUAACCCAGUACAUACAAAAACUCAUCUCGGUCACAUAUUGAAGCCCGGCGACACAGUUUUGGGAUACAACCUCAGCAACUCGAACGUGAAUGACUCUAAUUUCGACAAACUGGAUCCAAGUAUUGUGCCCGAUGUGUUUCUGGUGAAGAAGUUCUACGGGGAGCGGUCAGCUAGACGCCGCGCACGCAACUGGAAGCUUAAACAUAUGGCAGAAGAAUUACACGAAGGCCUCAGCUCUACAAACGACGAUUACAAUGAAUUCCUCGAUGACCUGGAAGAAGACCCCGCUUUUAGGCAGAACAUCAAUAUAUUUAAAGAUCAAAAUAAAAUCCCUGUGGAUACAGAUGAGAUUGACCCGACGUUGCCUCGCAUCACCUUGGCGGAAAUGUUGGAUGACUUAAACAUUGAAGAUGUUGAAAUGUCUGAAGUUUAGUUUAUUAUAUAUUUAAUCUUUAUUACAUAAAUAAAUUUAUUAAAACUUC